AUUUGAAAAGGCAAUUCAGGUAGUUGGACAUAGCUAUACACCAAUGUGAUAAAGGAAAUUCAAAAUAACUUAAAAUAUCAAAUAUCAACGUGAUAAGAUGAAAGCUCUUAAUUUGAAAAUAGUUUUUCUAUUAUUUGGACUAUGUGUACUUAUUACCUCUGUAAAAGGGUUAUCAGGCACUCGUCAUACAAAGGAUGUAAAAGAGGAGUAUGGACAUGAGAAAGAUAGAGUGAAUGAACAUGAAUAUAAUGAGAGCAAUGAAGCGAAUAAAAACGAUGAAAAUGAGACAAAGGAUGAGGAUAUGAAAUACUUUGAUUAUUCCUAUGGAUAUUGUGGAUAUGAACGUGAUUCAUAUGGCUAUUGUAACUACAAACCACCUGGUCUCUACUCCCACUCCAACAAUGGCUGUUACAUCCAAUGCGACCACUUUGGCAACACAUUUGUGCGACCCUGUGCUUAUGGAACAUAUUGGAGAGGAGGAAGGGGACCCUCAUACUAUAACAAGUGCACCUGGUGAACAUGAACAUUACGAACUGAAACAUCAAUUUCAAGUUACAAUCUAAG